AUGGCUGGUCUCUCAUUGUCUGUUUUGUUUGUUAUCCUUGUUGUCUCAGCAUUCCCUCCAGCUUGCUAUGUCCAUGGUAUAAGCUGUAUUGAAACUGAAAGGAUAGCCCUUCUCAGCAUCAAAGCAGGCAUUCAGCGGAGUAACAACCAAAGCUUGUUUUUCUCUUCUUGGAUUGGCUAUGAUUGCUGCAAUUGGAAAGGAGUGAGCUGCAACCAUGAAUCCUGGCAUGUCAUCAAGCUUGAUCUCCAUCACUACCCUUCCAAUAUUACUUAUAAUUAUGAAAUACCACCAAGUAAGUUGAACUCUUCUCUCAUUCAGCUUCACCAUUUAAAGCACUUGGAUUUGAGCAUGAACAACUUCAAAGGCUUCCCCAUCCCAGACUUCAUUGGCUCCCUUGCCAACCUUGAGUAUCUUAACCUCUCUUUUACUGGAUUCAGUGGAAUCAUUCCUCAUACCCUUGGAAACCUAACAAGCUUGCGUUACCUUGAUCUUAGCUCAUAUUAUAAUUAUCAGUUUCUACAAGCAAAUGACCUCCACUGGCUCUCUGGAAUGACAUCUUUGCAUCACCUUGACUUGAGUGGAGUGGACCUUUCUAACGUGCAUGGUUGGCUUCAUCAAAUUAAUAUGCUUCCUUCUCUGCUUGUCUUGAGACUCCCUUAUGCUCGACUCCAAGAUGGUGGCAUUAAUCAUGACACUAUUUUCUCUCAUCUCAACCUCACAUCUCUUUAUUUGCUUGAUCUCUCUCAUAAUUUUGACCUGAACAUCACUCUGCCUCAAUGGUUGUUCAACCUCACUAGCCUUGUUUAUCUUGAUUUAUCUCAUAACCAAAUCCAUGGGUCCAUACCUGAAACCAUAGUGAACCUAGUUCAUCUUCAGGUUUUAGAUUUGUCAGAAACUAUAAUGUUUGGCAAAUUACCUGAGAGUAUUGGGAAUCUAAGGAGAUUGCAACACCUGAGAAUGCAAAAGAGUGGUAUCAUCGGGCGAUUACCAGAGUCAUUAGGGAAACUCCAUAGUUUGAGGGAGCUUGACUUAUCAAGGAACAACAUUAGUGGAACAUUACCAAAAUCCAUUGGCAACUUAUGCAAGUUAAGGACUUUGGAUUUGACCAGCAAUUUUUUCAAUGGAGGGGUUGAUGAUCUUUUGAAUGGCUUGUCCAAUUGCACAGAAAACAAGAAAUCCAUUAGACAUGGUUCGAUUUCAGAGGACAUGGAUGGUUUAAUCCAAUUAAGUCUGGGAAGCAACAGAUUUAAUGGGACUAUUCCAGACAGCUUAGGCAAGUUAUCUAAAUUGAGAACUUUAGAUCUCCCAGCAAAUUCAUUCAUCGGUACUCUUACUGAACACCAUUUUGCAAAUCUAACAGACUUGUCUUACAUGGAUUUCUCCUAUAAUUUACUGCAGCUUAAUGUGCCCAAGGAUUGGGUGCCACCUUUUGAUGCUAAUGGUAUCAUGUUGUGCUCUUGCAGAAUAGGCACUGCAUUUCCUGCUUGGCUUAAAACUCAGACACACUUGAAUGAUAUUUGCCUAUCAGAUGCCGGAAUUUCAGGCAAUGUCCCUACAUGGUUUUGGGAUUUAUCCUAUUUGAGUUCUCUCAAUAUAUCACACAAUAAUUUAAGUGGAACUCUGCCACCUUCUAUUGAAGGUUUAUUUACUAUUGAUCUGAGUUCAAACAAAUUUGAAGGUUUGAUACCAAAGAUAGAGGUUGAUUUUUUGGAUGCCAUAGAUUUGAGUAACAACUCUAUCUCUGGUCCUAUUCCAUCUUUCUUUUCUUUGGCUGAAUCCAUUGAAGUUUUCUCUUUGGCAAAUAAUCAUAUUAGUGGUAGCAUUCCUUUGUUCUUCUGUAAUCUUACUUCUUUGGUGUUGCUCGAUCUAUCUAACAACAACAUGUCUGGAGGACUUCCCCAAUGCGGGAGACAAACAUCGAGUCUGGCAAUUCUUGAUUUGUCCAACAACAAUUUAAUGGGCAGCAUUCCUAAUGGUAUUGUAUCUCUUCCCAGUCUCCGUUCUUUGCAUUUGGAAAGAAAUGGCUUCUCAGGAAAUCUCCCUUUGUCCUUGAAAAACGCCAACCAAUUGGUGGUUCUUGACAUCGGUGAAAACAAGCUUUCUGGAAUAAUACCUUCAUGGAUUGGCAGUCUUGUCUCAUUGGUAGUUCUUCGUUUGAGAUCAAACUUGUUUAAAGGAUCAAUACCAGAGCAAUUACUAAAACUCUCUUCUCUCAAGGUUCUGGACCUUGCACAGAACAACCUCUCAGGUGCUAUUUUUCCUCAUUCUUUCGGAGGUUUUAAAGCCAUGCACACUGAAAGAUCACAGCUCUUGAUUCCCAAAUAUGAUCAAGUAGGCAUUUUCAAUAAUGCUUCAUUUUUUGGUGGAUUUUUGCCGACAUAUAAUUACUUGGAGUCUUUGGUGAUAAGUGCAAAGGGGCGGCAAACGGAAUACACAAAAGUGCUUUUCCUAGUCACUAGCAUUGACUUGUCAUGCAACAGGCUUUCUGGUGAAUUCCCUGAUGAAUUGACAUCACUUCAUGGAUUGAUUUUCUUGAAUCUUUCUAAUAAUCUUCUGAAUGGAAAGUUACCAAAAAACAUUGGUGACAUGAAUCAGCUUGAGUCACUUGAUUUAUCAAUCAAUAACUUCUCUGGUAUCAUUCCUCCGAGCAUAUCUGCUCUGAAUUUUCUUGGUCAUCUGAACUUAUCACACAACAAUUUGUCAGGGAAAAUUCCAUCAGGCAAUCAACUUCAGACAUUAGAUGCAUCAGCUUUCUUUUACAACGAUGGUCUUUGUGGAUUUCCUCUAAGUGAUUGCACCAGUGAGACUCCUGCUCAAGGCCCUUUACAUGGAGGAAAUCAAGACGGGAACCAAGAUUUGUUUGAUAACUUGUGGUUUUACAUAGGCCUCGCAUCAGGAUUCAUUGUUGGCUUCUGGAUGAUCAUUUUGUUCAUCAUGAUGAAAAAAUCAAGAAGAAUUUCUUAUUUCCGAUCCAUAGACAAGGUUUAUGAUUGGAUUUAUGUGAAGUUGGUGAUACACUCCAGGAGACUGAAAUCAAUACUUAGAAAGAGGAACUAAGGCCAGGUAUAAGCUUUGUGAUGACUGUUAUCUUACUACGUACAUUGAAUGCAUGUACUAA